AUAGCAGCCAGACCAUUCCCAACGGUUGGGCGCAUACGGUGCCUCCCACAUUACCCGCCUUCUACUUGACUACCCUCGUCUGGUUGAAGGCAUACUAUCUUCUUCCAGCUCAAAGGUCCAUCGGACGGUCGACUUCUCGCCUGUUCUGCUAGUUUCUACGGUUAUCAGGAUGGAGCAGCAUUCGUUCCCCUCCCCAGAAUCCCUCUACCCUCCAGCUUACCUUCAGAUCUCACCGUCACCCUCGCCAGCCAGAAUGUCGAAGAUCGGCACAAGAAAAUCGCCGCCAUCCCGUCCCAAAACUCGUUUCGACAGCUUUUCCGCGGACAAACCAAGCGUCAACAAGUAUCGUGAUAAUGGAGCUACUUCCCCGUCCGUUUCCUCUGAUCUUGAGAACGUUUCACCGUCCAGUAGCUUUAAACUCCCGCCACCUGUAAUAACAAGCUACUCGUAUACACCAAGCUCAUCCACCUAUGCUACGCAACAUUCUCCGCUCCAUAGUCUACAGAGACAGACUGAAAUUCUGACCGAGGAGCUGCAACACUUGUUGGAUGUGCAGUCUGCUGAGCUGAUGUCUGGAGGCAGCUUGUCUACAUCCCAGAGGCCUCCUAGAAAUCCCCUAUAUUCUGCGGAUCAGGUCCCCCGGGAACAGAGGAUUACAUUACACCAGGCGAGGAAGAGAGUACUGCUGACCAUGCGUGAGUUGGCGGAAAUCAAGGGUACCGAGGAAAAGGUGUAUGCAUCGGAAGUUGCAGAAAGGGAGACAUUGGUGAAGGCUAUGAGGAGUUGGGGAGACAAAGCGUCGCUUCUGGAAAAGGAGAUACAUAAGAUUGAGGACGGUGAAGAAGGAAGAGAAGCCCAGGCUCUAAGGGAAGCGAAAAGUGAAGUUGAGGUACUUUACAGCUCCAACCUAGCAGUCUUAUACAUUGCUAACUACGGCUAGCGUGAGAUGCAAGGACUUCGCAUUCGGCUCUCAAAGCUCGAGGAUCACCAUUCUGCCCUGAAAUACAAGCUUGAGGAGCUGGAGUCCACUGUGUCAUCAAAGACCUCCUCUUAUCAGUCCUCUCUGGUGACGGUGAAGCAAAGAACGUCAAAUUUCCUCGCAACACAUCGCUUCCCUUCUCCCACCACGGCUAUCGAAUCGUGGACCCUCGAGAGAGAAGCCCUUCUGGCUAAGAAAGAUCAGGCUAAGGUUGAGGCCGAAGCUUUGCUUGAAGGGAUGGUUUUGUGGGACGAAACACUUUCUCUCGUGUAUUCGUUCGAGGACAAAUUGGGUUUACUAAUAUCCGGCAGGAGGGGUGGAGAUAUAAACCUGGAUAUCAUGCAAGGGCUUGAAGGUGUAGUUGAGGCACUCGAGCAAAAGCUCGAGUCAGCAGAGAAUAGGGGAUGGAAAUUAUUGGUUUGCUGUAUCGGUGCAGAAUUGGAAGCGUUUAGAGAAGCCAAAGAGGUUAUGAAGAAGUCUCUGGGUAUUACCUCCGCAUCGAGUUCCAAAACAUCAAAGCUAGCGUCGGUAGAAUCUGGUAGAGGUGAGGGGAAGGGAGUUAGCCAGAGUCAAGAUGGUGAGGAUUUGAUUGGGGAACUUAAGGAGAGGGGAAGAGCGAGAGAGCGGACACUCACAGGAGAAGCCGGGGGUGAUGUCGAAGACGAUAAAGCCAAACAGAAAGAGAGCGACGCGAGCGAGGGGAAGGGUGAGGACGGGGUUGGGGAUGGGGUUCGGGACCUGAGAGGCUCCAUUUUCAGGUCCCGCAAGGACUACUCUCCGUUGGAUGAUUGAUUGCCUCCGAUUGAUAUCGUUUUUAGAAAGCUUCAUUGCCCUUACUGUAAUGUUUUACUUCUUUCCCUGGCACGAAGGCUCCUUUUGAUAGGGCGGGAUAACGUCUGCCCAUGAGUGUAAGGGGGGCUAUCGUCGCAUUGCUUGUUUUUCGUGCUUCUGUCUUUUUUAUCUCCUCCUGUCCCCGCUAGUAUAGAUAGGGAAAUGGGGUACGAGACUGGGUGGGUGACGGGGCGUCAUGGAUUCUCUAAUUCAACUACGGUGGCGGCAGCUCCUGUGUGAGCCCACCGUAUUCCGUAGACCCGCAGGAGUCAGUCAGAUGCGGGAGAGACUACUGUUAUCACGAAUAGUUUUCUGAUGGGAAGGUGACUUGGCGGUCGAAUACCAAUUUAGAUGGUAUGAUAAUAUGAUAGCGCUGGUAUGAUACCAGAAUUUAACGGGAAAUGACUGCCAUCACCGGUGACUAAUGGUUGGGCAAAUUCCGAUGCACUGGUAGGCUGUUCCCCAAACGUUGGGAGUCAUUUCAUGGUUUAGGUUCAGUGAGGUC